AUGUUAUCCGCCUUCACCGCGCGAGCCCUGGUGGACCUCAAACCCCGCGAUCGCUCCCGAAUAGACUCAGUCCUCGCCUACGGCGAUAGAAUCCUCGCCGGCCUAAACAACGGCACUCUCCGCAUCUACCGCGUCACAGAUACCCUGAACGAGGAAAACCCAGACGGCAAUGACAAUGAACCCGCCGGCGGCAGUGGUUCCGCCGAAGGUGGCAGCAAGACCGAACUACUGCGUGAACUGGACAAAUUCGCCCGGUACAAGGUCGAACAAUUAGCCCUGGUCAAGGAAGCGAAGGUGCUAGUCAGUUUGAGCGGUGGAGUCGUCAGUCUACACGAUUCGCAGGAUUAUGGACUUUUGCACACGCUGGUUCAGGCGAAGGGGGGCUUCUGUUUUUGCUAUUACUUCCAACGUUGUUAA